AUGGGAAAGACAUGGGUGACCUCGCCAAAUGAGCCAAUGGACACGGCAGUUCGUUCCUUCUGGAAGGCUUCUGGAAGGAGUAAUGUAAAAAAGAUUACCCGGGAGGUCUUUUUCCGAAGGGAUAUUGGCUGUGGAGUCGAUUCUUGUACCGAGUGUACGCCAUCAGAAAUGCAAGACCAUCCAUACUGUACUACUGAGGACCGUAUUGAUAGUCAUUCAUCUUGUUCUGUGGAUAGUCUUUCUGACGGUGAGCUAGUUGUGAGGGAGGAUGAAUGCAUGGAUGAGUAG